GCACCACCACCGCCGGGAGCAAAAAGUCGCGCCGUUCUUCCUUCAUGCCGGCCAAAAGUCUCGCCUCGGCUACCAAGCUGAUCAAUCAGCAUCUGUUCGGCAUUCCCAACUCGACCCCGAAAGAUUCGCUAGAAACGUCACCUCAAUUAGAAACACAUCGAAGAUCGAAAUCGAUCCUUAAAAACAAAUCCGAAGCGUCGCGUCUGUUGUCCGAUCCGGAGAGUGAACGGCUCCUGGCAGACAAUAUGUCCGGCUCGGGGGUCUCGGACAAUGGUGCCAACAUGGGGAGCGACUCAAAUACUGAUUACUCCGGCAGCACAAUGAUCGCGACCUCGAUCACGCCGCUCGUACAGCGGCACCGACUCACCCAUCAACGCUCGACGCCGGCCUCGCUGGGGGCCACGGCCAAACCGCUCGCGGCCAGCAAGUUCUCCCUGCCCCGCUACUCCCAGGAGGAGGUUACGCGCCAGACCAAGCCGCAGCUGACGCGCGGCGUCGGCAUCGGUACGUACGUCGAUCAUCUUACCGGUGACCGACGGUUGGACACUGGGACCCGAGAAAGUAGCACAGAGUCGGAAACAGCAUUCUCAACAUAUCUUGCCGCUAGCAACAGCAAUAGUAAUAAGGAUAAGGCAUCGUUCGCCGGCAGCAGCCUGACGUCGAGCGACGAAAGCAAAACCACUACCAGCAGAGGCAACUCGGUGGAAAAUCACGGCGGCAGCAGUGGCUACGGUGCGUCAUCUUCGUAGCAGGAAAAGCCGUCUUCUGAGGCACUCAGCAGACUUAACGACUAACGACUCGUUAUCGUAUCGUGUGAGCAAUCCCUGGAGGAUGAAUCGAUAUAUUGAAACAUCUGAGCUGAGCGGAGUCUGGGAGAGGGUCCAGCAACUCCUCUGCCAACGCCUCCACGUGACUCUAAGAGCGCAUCGGAUCAGAUUAGGAAAGCGACGACGGUCAUCGGUCAACUCAACCUCUCCAGGUUGGAUGGCGAAACCACGCCAAAAACGAACCAAAACAGUGCUCUAGUGCGCAAAGCGCUCAAGAGCGAUGUGAACAAUGCGUUAAAGGAUGGCUUGCCAAGAGUUCAGAAGACGCCGGCUGCCUCGGCCGUUGCCUCGGCAUACCACAAAUGAAACACAACAGCAACAACAACAAAAACACAGAAAAGCAAAUACUGCCCUCCAUCCGCGUUUUCUAGUAGUGUUUGGCGUAUCUCUAGUAGUCUAAACAAAGCAUAGUGCCCGUAGUGUAGCGCGUUGCUCGUAACGUGCGUGGCGACGCGGCAUGCAGAUAUGAUGGAGCUGCUGGAAAGGAAUGGAAACCUUUCCAGCCACGCUGUUCGGAGCCGCCGGGGACAAAACAAAACUUGUAGCUUGUAACUUCUGUACGUGUAGUAGUGUUACAUUUUAGCUGUGGAUCAGUAGCGCAAUCUUAGUAGCGUAACACCUGUGACAAAACACUGGAGCUGUACGAAAAACCAAAGAUUAAGAUGGGGUGAACAGAAGAAAAAAAAAUCCUUACUGCUUGUACAUAGUACACAAUUACACCAUUACAUCACAUUCACUUGCAUCGUAGGACAGAAACCAAUACAAAAAAGAAGCUGCAAAACUCAUUACGAAACAGUAUAUAGCGGAUAACAGCAUAACAAAAAGAAGAUAAAGAGAUAGAGAGAGAGAGAGAGAGAGAGAGAGAGAGAGAAAGAGAUAGAAAGAGAGAAACGUAACGUUACCUACACUGUAACCAAUGCACUGAAUGUUUAAAAGGUUCUCUUUUUACUGAUUUAAAACAAAAAAAACACUUAAACCAGCUUUUAAUAGCACUAGAAAUAAUACGGUGUGGAUUGAAUCGAACUGCUGGGUACGGAGGGCGAUACGUUACGCGCCCGUGUUGUGUACAGCGUUUAGGUGGCUUACUUUUAUGCCUGCAAAAACAAAUGCAAAACCAAACAAAAAAACAAAACUCAAACACAGAGCAUUGGAGAUGACGCUAAGCAGCCGAGUUCCGUGUGACCUUUGGAACCACUGCUCUGAGAUAGCAGAGGUCAGAGGUCACAACUGCUUCCCGCCGCAAAGCCAUGCGCAAUAUACACAAACACACACGGAUGGUAAGUCACUCUGAGAGGACUCAUUCGCACUCACCACCGCCAGUACCGCCGCAUGAAACUCUACAAUUACAGGAUACUGUGAACUUGAUACAAUCUACAACACAAAGCAACCAAAUACCAAAAAUCACGAGUGAUCGACCGGUUCCAUCCAGAGCGUUUCCUACUUCUCGCUCCUUGCCCGGAGCGCUUGUGCAUCUUUUGCGGGGUGGGAGAGAAUAUUUUCUAACCCCGUGUUGGCCUGUGUGCCCAAUCGUUCCGUUUUUUGAGGUUCCGUUUUUUUAUAUACCAAAGAAGAAGUGAAAGAAGUUAAGCUCCUACAGUCAUUGUGCAUAUAUACAGUUUUAAGUUCCAAAGCAAGGAGCAAAGCGUGUUUGUUUGUUCUCCUGAGUGGCAGCCGCUGAGCUUUAUUGCUCCAGCGGUUUUUUUUUGUGACUUUUCCCAAGCUAAUUCCGGCGCUAUAUUCUUCCGGUGCUAUAUUCUGGGAGGCGCACGCGUUCCUAACGUACGAGUGAACUACAAACAAUCGAAUUCUCGGCACUGACGACAAUUUAGGCUAACACACCACCUCUUCAACCAUCGUAUACUACUAUUAUUACUACUGCUGCUACUACUACUACUACUACUACUACUUCUACUACUAAUAAUAAUACUAAAACCCCUCAAGGCGAACAAUAUUUUCGAUUACAUAGACAAUCAGGUGACUUCUUGUUUGACGGGAAAACUGAAGCCUAAUCCUUCUCCGCCAGGCCAGGCCGCAAAUAACUGUAUAAAUACUGGCACACACACACUCUCUCUCUCUCUCUCUCUCUCUCUCGGGUUCUAAGGAACUAACUUUCCCAACUUCGAUUUGAUGUACGUGCGUACAAGCCAUACUCAGCCGCAUUAACUCUAACACAAUCCAAACCAGAAUACACACUUGUGGCUACCACAAUGUCUACAGGAAUUGUCGAUAAAUAAUUCUCUACCAACUAUAGCUUACCGUACCGAAAGCAAUACAAUCUUGUCACUACUAUACAUCCAUAUUUUCAUAGCAUUCACCGAAAAGGAAGGAGAAACAAACAAAAAACUUAGGGCAAAAUGCAAGCACAAACAAAUCCGUCAGCACGACGGAAUUAACGUAACGAGAAGUCCGAGGUAUCCGUACUUACUUACCAUACCCUUUUCUUCCUCUAUGUGUCCGAUAAUGAAGAUGCUGGUGCUUAGGGAGGCGAAGGCAAAACCAUUGCUGCUGCAUUGGGGUGUGCCACGCUAGUAGUAGUGUACUGUGCUUUUUGCCUAAAAAUACAACGCAUCUGUAGGAUUUCGCGUUUGUGUGCGAUUUGAUCCGGCGGAACCGGACGCGUAAACAGGUCAGCAAUGCGUCGCUAUUUUACAUACCUUAAUGUUCUUAACGCCGUAAACGCUGUGCUGUGCUGUGUGCGUUUUGCAACAGCCAACGCCAAAGCUAUACCUAAAUCAAACACCUACAUCGGGAAUACUAAUAUGAUAAACAAACAAAGAAACAAACGAAGAGAGAAGAUAUUCGUAACAGACAAUUAUAGAGAUAAAAAGAGAGAUAGAAAAAGAGACAGAACGCGCAAAGAAACCGCGAAAGAGAGGAAGAGAGAGAGAGAGAGAGAGAGAGAGAGAGAGAGAGAGAGAGAGGAGAGAAAGACGAAUAUACAUUUGUGCUAAUAACAGUUGCAUCCAAAACAAGUUCUAAGUAACGCUCCAAAACGAUAACACAACACGUGCUGUAUUGCUGCUUGCCUACAUUAGCGUUAUAACAGUCCAUUAAAGAAUACAAGCAAAACAAGCAAAUUGCAUAAACUUAAGCUGAGCAAAAUCACAUCGAAAGUGGAUAGAUGAAGCAAAAGUAAGAAAAAAACUACAAUCAAACAUACACAUACACACACAUUUUUGCAAACAAAGGAAUGUUGCAUACCGAAAGAAGGUUAAGCAAUGGGCAAAGGCUACCAGAAAGCACAAGGAAAGAAUACAAGGAAGGAAAACGUGAAGCGGUAGUAUGGGACUGCUUCUCAUGUGCGUUUGUUAGUGCAUGGUACGACCAAUAGAUGGCGCUAAGCGUUGCGUUCCCCAUCGGUUGAAUCCCCAUAUCCACUACUAAUCCGAGCACUCAAACAUCGAAUACAUCGAUUACCAUGACACCCCUGGUACGGUUUAGCGCCAUCUAUAUGAAACAACGGAGGUACUGACACACUAGCCGAGAGGUGGAAAUAGACUUCGGAGCGGACGUGUUCGAGGCAUGGAAUAUACGGCAUGGUGGAAAGCUUAGCCUCAAGUUGCAUAGCUGGCACUCUAUACACUAUCGAGCCGCAAAAAGCAAAACAAAAAUAACACAGAAAAAUACACAAAACGUAAUUAUUAUAAAUAAGGGAAUGGCUUAUAUCUGUGAUUUAAAUAAAACAACACAAAAAGAACAACUACAUACUCACACACACACAUACAAAGAAGUAAACCUUUAAAGUUUAAACAAGACGCUGGAUGAAACUAUGAUGAAACGAAAGGAGAGGCUGGAUUAUAUAUAAAGCAAACAAGUAACAUAAUAAAAGCAACGGUGCACAUAGUAUGCCGAACGAAAAGGAAACGAAAUGAAUGGAGAAAAAAGUGAGCGAGAAAGAAGAGAAAGGAAUUGUGUAUGAGUAUGCGUGUGUGUGUGUGAGAGAGAGAGAGUGUACAAUAACUCGAGGAAUAUAAAAUACAAACUAGCAAAUGAUAUUUAACAAGAGAGGAAUUAAGCGAGCGAAAGAGAGCAAGAGAUAGCAAGGAGAGAGAAAGAAAUCAUGAAAGAAAGAAAGAGAAAGAGAGAGAGAGAGAGAGAAGAUAGAUUGAGCGAGAAUGUGUGAGAGAUGUUACAAAACAAAAGAGAAAAUAAGUUUAAGAGGUUAAGUAAAGUGGACGUAAUACGUUAACAUUGAAUUAUUGAAGAAAACAAAAAACAUUGAAACGUGCUUUUUAAAUAUUUUCUAUAUGAAGACAUUACAUUAUAUAGAUAUAUAUACAUAUAUACAAUUACCGAAACGACAAAGGAGGAAACCGGCGAGAAGAAGAAAGAAGAAGAAAAACAAGGAAAUCACAAUACACUCACAAAACAAUGCAAAAGAAACCAUAAUAUGAUAAAGGAACCACAUUCGUAGCACAAGUACACAGCAAUCGCAUAAUGGUUGGAUCGGAAGGAAACAAGAAAGUAAAACAAACAAAAAACAAAAACAAAAACAAAAACAAAAGAAAACAAACACAAACAGCAUAAAACAAGACGCGAAAGUAGUCAGCGACAAUGCGGUGAAACAAAAACAAAUCAAAACACACAACAAACCGACAACAGCCCGAAAACAAGAGCAAACAAGUCGGCGCAAACGUUGCCGUUGCGUUAGCGUUGCAGAAUGCAAACAAACAAAACAAGCAGAAACAAGCGGAGGACGACGCAGUGUUAGCGAAAUAGAUAAAUAAUAAAAAUGUUACAUUAAAUUAUACUCUUAUACAUACGUAUAGAUAUAUAUACAUAGAGAACGUUAAUCUGUAAGAAAAACAACCCGUGUACAAUGCUAAGUCUCUAUUCGUUACGACUAGAAUGUUAGGAUCAUGCACCCAGUACGAUCAUCCCCGCGGUCGAAGCGCGAAGCAGCAGUACGGCGGCCAUUACCAUUACCUACACUCUCGCGUUUCUAAAGCAAAAAGGCUCAGUUUCUGUAAUGUUACUCCUGUCACAAAACACACACACACACAGCUAGGCAAAACUAGGUACAGUAACGACCACUUCUCCCUACUAUCGUACAAUGUCGUUUCUUUCUCUGCCUCACCAGUUUACCCAGCUAGAAUCAUGCGGAUACGUGUUUGCGAACACUCCGUUUAAUGCCCCGAUCACUGCUAGUAACUUUCAACACGGAACACGAAAUGAAUAGUGGUGGUGUGUGGUGGUGUACUGUGCAUCAUUAACUUUAGUUUACCUAUUUCAGUUAUCUACGCGUUUUCUCCGCACCAACCAAGCGCGCCACAAUUGGUGAAGAAGUAAUUUUUCUAGUCCUGUCUCUAGUCAAUUUUAAGGUGACAGUUAAAGCACGUGAUGUUAUGUAUGUAAAAUUGUAUCUUUGUUUCGUUGUUUUGUUUUUGGGUUUAGGUUAAGCUA